AUGUCUCCAAAGGUAGAAAAAAUCUCGGACAAGUCGCUCCUGCUAGGGGAAGGCCCGCAUUGGGACGAUCGCACACAGGCGCUGUACUUCGUCAGUAUACUGGAGAAUACUAUACACAAAUAUGAUGCGGCUACUGGAACACAUACAAGCACAAAAUUAGAUGGUCGUCCAGGCUUCAUAGUGCCUCUAGACGGGCACUUAGACCAGUUCGUGGUGGGUUUGGAACGUGAAUUCGCGGUGGUGCAAUGGGACGGGGCGAAUGCAGCGAGGGUGGUGCGUUUGCUAGGGGAGGUGGACCAUCAUGCGACGGGGAACAGGAUUAAUGAUGGGAAGGCUGAUCCUAGAGGAAGAUUGUUCGCAGGCACGAUGGACGGAGCAGCAAACAUAGAGAAGCUAGAAGCUCACAGAGGCAACCUGUACCGACUGGAUGAAAGCGGCAUCACAGCUCUAUGCGAUAGGAUCACUAUAUCUAACGGCCUCGCCUGGGAUGUGGGCGCCAAAGCUAUGUAUUACAUUGACAGCGUGGAGUGUAAUAUAAGAAGAUAUGAUUAUGAUGCCGACACAGGGGAUAUCUCAAACCCACAACACAUCUUCGACCUAAAACAGCACGACGUCGAAGGCCUCCCGGACGGGUGCACCAUAGACACAGACGGCAAUCUCUGGGUGGCCGUGUUUGGGGGUGGCUGUGUGAUACAAGUGUCACCCGAGGGGGAGUUGCUGAGGGCAGUCCCCGUGCCUGCUAAGCAGGUAUGUUAUUGUAGCCUAAGGUUGCACCAUAGACACAGACGGCAAUCUCGGGUGGCUGUGUGAUACAAGUGUCACCCGAGGGAGAGUUGCUGAGGGCAGUCCCCGUGCCGGCUAAGCAGGUAUGUUACUGUAGCCUAAGGUUGCACCAUAGACAUAGACGGCAAUCUCUGGGUGGCCGUGUUUGGGGGUGGCUGUGUGAUACAAGUGUCACCCGAGGGAGAGUUGCUGAGGGCAGUACCUGUGCCUGCUAAGCAGGUAACCUCUUGCACCUUCGGAGGCCCAGACUUGGACAUCCUCUUCGUGACGACGGCCCGCAUUGACACAGUAGAAGAACAGAAGUUCCCAAGUGGCUGUACAUUCAGAAUAACCGGCCUCGGCGUCAAGGGACACCCGAAUGUCAACUUUAAACUAUAGCGCAUAAGGUUCAAUUUUGUUAUAGCGACAUCGAUAGGGUUGAAGACAAAAGUUCCCAAGCUACUGUAGUAUGUACAUUCAGAAUAACUGGCCUCUGUGUCAAGGGACACUCGAAUGUUAACUUUAAAUGGCAGAGCAUAAGGUUCAAUUUUGUUAUAGCGCAAUCGAUAGGGUAAAAGACAGAUGUUCCCAAGCGGCUGUACAUGCUGAAUAACCGGCCUCGGCGUCAAGGGACACCCGAAUGUCAAUUUUAAACUGUAGCGCAUAAGGUUCAAUUUUGUUAUAGCGAAAUCGGUAGGGCAGAAGUACCCGAGCGGCAGUAGUCCAUUCAGAAUAACCGGCCUCGGCCUCAAGGGACAUCCGAAUGUCAACGUUAAAUUGUAGUGCAUAAGGUUCAAUUUUGUUAUAGCGCAAUCGAUAAGGUAGAAGACAGAAGUUCCCGAGCGACUGUAGUAUGUACAUUCAGAAUAACUGGCCUCUGUGUCAAGGGACACUCUAAUGUUAACUUUAAACUGUAGCAAUAAGGUUCAAUUUUGUUAUAGCGAAAUCGGUAGGGCAGAAGUUUCCGAGCGGCUGUAGUACAUUCAGAAUAACCGGCCUCGGCCUCAAGGGACAUCCGAAUGUCAACUUUAAAUUGUAGUACAUAAGGUUCAAGUUUGUUAUAGCGAACUCGGUAGAAGAACAGAAGUUCCCAAGUGGCUGAUGUACAUUCAGAAUAACCGGCCUCGGUGUCAAGGGACACCCGAAUGUCAAUUUUAAACUGUAGCGCAUAAGGUUCAAUUUUGUUAUAGCGAAAUCGGUAGGGCUGAAGUUCCCGAGCGACUGUAGUACAUUCAGAAUGACCGGCCUCGGCCUCAAGGGACACUCGAAUGUUAACUUUAAAUUGUAAUGCAUAAGGUUCAAUUUUGUUAUAGCGCAAUCGAUAGGGUAGAAGACAGAAGUUCCCGAGUGGCUGUGGUACAUUCAGAACAACUAACUGGCCUCGGUGUCAAGGGACACUCGAAUGUUAACUUUAAAUUGUAGUGCAUAAGGUUCAAUUUUGUUAUAGCGCAAUCGAUACGGUAGAAGACAGAAGCAAUUUCUGAUGAGGUACAAACUACUACAAACAGCAGUUUAUUCCGAUUUAAGUAUUAAAUAAAAUUUUAUGUUUUCGUACAUACUAAAGUGGUAAACGUUCUCAAAAUGUGAAGAAUAUAACGUCGAUAUUUUGUAUUUAUUCAAGUAUAAAAUAAAUGAUUUAUGAUUUAUUUAUUUAUUUAUAUGAAAUAA